UCAACGAUAAAUAAUUGUAAUUAUAAUUUGAAGAAAGUAAUUAAAAAAAAAUGCGAAGAAAAAAAAUUUUUUUAUAGCUUUGAAUUAAUAGAGUGUCAAGAUAAAAUUAUUUAUCAAAGAUUUUUUACGGAUUUACAAAAAUAUUCUCCACUAUUUUACGCGUUAACUUGCCGUAAAAACUUAAAUAUCAACAAUUUUAAUGACAAUUUAUCGCAAAUGCCCAAAAAUACUCUAUUACACAUGACAGCAAGAGGAAAAACUAAAAGUGACGUUAAAAAAAUUUUAAAUAAAGCUUUGGAGCUUGGAAUUUGCAAUAUUUUUGCUAUUCGUGGAGACAAUGAGUGUACAACUGGAGAUUUUUUGUACGCAGUAGACCUUGUAAAGUUUAUAAAAAAAAAUUACAACGACAAAUUUAGUAUAGCAGUGGCUGGUUAUCCCGACAGACACCCAGAGUCAGUGAAUAAAGAGUCAGAAUUUUUUUAUCUAAAAAAAAAAGUUGACGCAGGAGCUGAUUUUAUUAUCACACAGAUAAUAUUUGAUUCAAAAGCAUUUAUUAAUUUUGUAAAAGACUGCACAGAAAAUGGUAUUUCUGUUCCAAUACUUGCUGGAGUGAUGCCUGUAAUUAAUUAUUCUUCUUUAAUGAAGACUAUAAAUGUUUGUGGGCUAAAAAUUCCUGAAACUGUCCAUAAACAUCUAGAAAAAAUUAAGGAAGAUGACCUCAGUGUCCACCAAUAUGGCGUUAAAUUAAUAAUUGAAAUAAUUACAGACAUAAUGGAUCACGGAUUUUAUGGAUUUCAUUUUUUUACAUUCAACAAAUCUAAAACACUUUUGGAAAUUUUUAAUUAUUACUUAAACAAAUAA